UUGUCUGUCUGCUCCUUUGUUUGGCUACUCACUAGACAGCUCACACCCGACCAAUACAGUGAGAGUGACACCCCGCCAACCGGAACAAUGAAUCCAAAGCUGGUGGUUAAGCCCAAGUCGAAGAUCUCAGCGUCUCGCAAGCUCUCCCUCAAAAUCCUGCUCCUCACCAGAGCGUGUGAGGCGUUGGAGUGUGAGCGUCAGGACCGUGAGGAGGAGAAGGAGCGCUACCUCGGGGAGAAGCUGCCCCCCCUGCAGCUGUCCGGGCUGAAGAUGGAGGAACUACAAAAUCUAUGCAAAGAGCUUCAUUCAAAAAUUGACCUUGCGGAUGAGGAGCGAUACGACUGCGAGCACAAAGUGAUCAAACAUAACAAAGAUAUCAGCGAACUGAAGAUGAAGGUCCAGGACCUGGGAGGGAAGUUUAAGAAGCCGGCCCUGAGGAAGGUGAGGGUGUCGGCAGACGAGAUGAUGAGGGCCCUCCUGGGCUCCAAGCACAAGGGCUCCAUGGACCUCAGGGCCAACCUGAAGUCUGUGAAGAAGGAGGACGUCAAAACAGACAAGGUGCUCACGUCUGAGGUGAGCGACUGGCGUAAGAACGUGGAGGCCAUGUCCGGGAUGGAGGGUCGUAAGAAGAUGUUCGACGCGGCCGGCGGCGGUCAGUGAGUGGCCCCGGAUCCAGGAACCAGAGACGGUUGAAAGCUUUGAAAAAUUUGGUAAAAAGAGUAACAAUAAAUAAAUAAGGUGAUUGCUUACCCGACAGUUAACCCUGCUUUUAUCGCGUUGACGGACAUUUUCUGUGAAAACCCGAAGGGACUGAGAUCCAGGAGUGCUCCCCCACCCCCAACCCCCUUUAGUUGCUCGUCUUUUAUUUAUCUCCAGAAUUAUUGUGUGGGUAGUUACUAGUGCAUCUGAAGGACGUAAGUAAAUAGAAAUAAACAAAAGUUAUCUGGUUUCAGUUGUGCCUUUGUUUCUACCAGAGUGUGUCUCUGUUAAAGUCUAUGUGAAAUAUGUAGCGUACUUUUGAACUUUAAUAAGUAAAAAAUGUUGAUGAGGACUUUUUGGGACACAAAAAAUGUGAUUGAAUCUGUCAGGAUGUUACAUAAGGCUAUUACAGACUUUACGAGGAAUGGAAUGGAAAUGUGUGAUAUUAGUUCAAAUGGCAAGCCUACCAACUACUAACAAAAGCCUGACUCCCAGCAGGGGAGAGAAUAGAUGCACAGGUGAAGGAUUUGCUAACAAGGGGAAAAAACAGAAAUGUUCAAUUCAUGUUGUCUUUAAGUCUUACUCAUUGGUUGAUCAGUUCACCUGAUGAUAGGUCAGAAGAUAAGAGGGGAGGGGCUACAACAGGUGCUACCCCCCCGUUCUAUCUAUCUAUAGCGCAGCAGAGUGCUCAACAGACCGUUCCCUGUUCUUCAAAUUGAGUCGAUUUGGAAACAAAUGUUUUAUUAGAACUUUAGAACAUUGUGGUUUUCUUAAAUGUAGUAGGGUGUUCAAUGUGGUUUUAUUCAUUCUCUUUGCUGAUUGGUGAAUACAUCUUCAAACUCCGUC